CGCUAGGUGGCUAUUGUUUUCACAGCAGACAAGUUUGCUGAAUGAAAAUUUUUUUAGGUAAAAUGGCGGGGCUUGUAGACUACGGCGUCGAUAGCGACAGAGAAAGUAAUGACAGUCCAAAUCACGAGAGUUCAUCUUUGAAUCGAAAACAAACCGACGCCAACCCUCAACCUGACGACGCGUCUCAUAGAACAAAAGGAAGUUCUAGCAGUAAGGAAUCAAAAUCUUCAAAAUCUGGACAUUCUAAAGAGGUCCACAAGAGUAGUAGUUCUAGUUCAAAGAACAAAUCCAAUGAUCGUCACCACAAGCAUCACAAGAGAAGCAGGAGCAGGAGCAGAGAUAGAAGCAGGAGCAGCAAGAAACGGUCAAGAUCCCGAGAUCGCAAGGAUCGUCAUCGUGAUGAACGAAAGAAGAAGCGUCGAUCCAAAUCUCGCUCAAGAUCUCGUUCCAGAUCUCGUUCCACAAGUUUGAGCAGAAAAGAUCGGAAAUCAGAUCGACGAACACGUAGCCAAGAGAGACGGGAAAAGAAAGCAGCCACUAUUGCACGUAUGGGAUUGGACGUGACUAACGUAGCUGCAAGUUUAGUCAUGCCUUCGGCCGAAAGCAAAACCCCCGUCGCCGACAUGUCGUCCGUCAAGCAGAAUCCUCAUUUUACCUCAUCUGUUGCUGCAGCGUCAUCAUCGGCCAUGUCGGCGGCCGUUCAGGCAGCAGCCCAGCAAGUUUUGCAAAGUCGAGUAGCUGAGGCGCAGCAAGUAACUGGCGUGACUUUGCCUUCCUUUUACAAUCCGGCCGCCGUCAAUCCCAUGAAAUACGCCCAGCAAAUACAAAAGAGAAAACUGUUGUGGGCCAACAAGGAGAAAACUGAGCCACCGACAACGGCCAAACUUUGGGAAGCAACGGCCUUCACGCAAGACCAAGACGGAAAAAUGACUGCCAAGUUCAAACGGCUGAUGGGCAUCAAAAACGAUCCAUCAGAAGGAGGAGCCGGUCCGUCUCAGGCAGUUGAAGAUCGUCAACCCGAAUCGUCUGUUGAUGUAUUGAAGAAACAGCAAGAACUCUUCGCUUCACUUGAUCAACAGUAUCAAGUUGCCAGAGCGACAACACAUACUCAGCGAGGACUUGGUCUCGGAUUCGGGUCAUCAAGUUCUUCUUAUCCGCGUUGAUGGAGGCUAAACAGAUAAUAAAAAUGAAUCGUCCUGAAUAACGUUAGAACAUUGUUUUAGGCGACUGAAGGUGCAACACAAAUAACAACAAUUAAAGAUGGAGAGAAAAGUAAAAGUGCAAAUUCGUUCCUCGACCGAAUAAUCAUGACGUGUAUUGUGUGUUUAAUAAUUUCUCUCAUCCAAAAAGUCAAUUGCAUCAUUCAGAAUUUU